AGCCGCUCGCUGCGCCUUUAGCGACGGCGGCUGCGCCUUUAGCGGCGGGCGGCACCGGGCGGCGGCGGCGUCGUGUCUCGGCCGCGUCUCUCAGCGCCGCAGGCGAGGGGGCGGCGCGGGGCCUCCGCAGAGCUGAUGGGGCGGCGGAGUGCGGGCGCGCCCGGAGCGCCCCGCGAGCGAGCACCUGACGCGGCUAAAAACGGCUUGGCUGCAAGCAGGCAGCCCUGAAAUGGCGAAAGCUCCGCGUCCAGCUGGCCCGUGCCGGUUUGGUGGCACCCAGUGGCACAUGCAGAGUGUCCUCAGGGACUCCGUGGAGAGCUCCGAUGAUGAAUUCUUCGAUGCACGAGAAGAUAUGGUGGAAGGGAAAAGUGCCAUUCUCAUAGGAAUGAGCCAGUGGAACUCAAAUGACCUUGUUGAGCAGAUAGAAACAAUUGGAAAGCUGGAAGAAAAUCAAGGUGAAGAGCCUGCAUUUUGCUCAUCUGGCUUUCUGCAGGAAAAACAACGUGAAUUAUAUAGAACCUCUUUAAGAAAACAAAGGUUCCCUACACAAGGUAGUGUUGAAAUACACGAGGACAGUGAGGAAGGAGUUCAACACCAGAACUGCAAAACUCAUGUGUUAAUUUUGAUCCUACAUGGAGGGAACAUCUUAGACACUGCAGGUGGUGACCACAGCAGCAAGCUGGCAGACAUCAACACCUUCAGUUCUGUGUUUGAGAAGGUUACCCGAGCCCAUUUCCCUGCCUCUUUGGGCCAUAUCUUAAUGAGACUUGUUCCCUGCCCAGCAAUCUGUUCAGCAGCUUUCUCUCUUGUUUCCAACCUAAAUCCCUACAGUUAUGAUGAGAGCUGUCUCAGCAGCAGUGAAGACCACAUCCCACUGGCUGCCUUGCCUUUGCUGGCUGUUUCAUCCCCUCAGUACCAAGAUGCUGUUGCCAUGGUGAUCACCAGAGCCAAUCAAGUUUACAAUGAGUUUCUCAAAUCUACAGAUGGGGCUGGCUUUAAUGGACAGGUGUGUCUCAUAGGUGACUGCAUUGGAGGAAUUUUGGGCUUUGAUGCCAUCUGCUAUAAUUCUAAUACAGCUGAUGAGAGUCGGAACAGUAGCAGGAGAGGAAGCAUCAGCAGCAUCCAGGAUAAUACCCUCUUAACAGAGGACUCCAGUCUGGGUGACAGCAAACACCUGAGCAAAAGCAAUAUUGACAUCUCGGGAAUCAUGGAGGAUGAGGAGCCAAGGCAGCCGUUGCCUCAGAAACAAAGUGACUCCUCCACCUAUGACUGUGAUGCUAUAGCCCAGCAUCAUGCUCUCCUGUCUAGCAUCCACUCAAGUGUGUUGAAAGAUGACGCAGACCUUCCUCUUGUGGAUUCCAGUCUCUCAGAAGUAAACCUGGGCCGAUUUGAAUUUGAGGUGUCUGAUUUCUUCCUCUUUGGGUCACCACUUGGUUUGGUGCUGGCCAUGAGGAGCACUGUUCUGCCUGGCCUGGAUGUAUGCCAGGUCCGACCAGCCUGCAGCCAAGUGUACAGUUUCUUUCACUCUGCUGACCCCUCUGCCUGCAGACUUGAACCAUUGCUGGAGAAAAGAUUCCAUCUUCUUCCUCCAUUCAGUGUCCCACGGUACCAGAGAUACCCACUAGGGGAUGGAAGAUCUCACCAAUUAGGUGAUGUUCUCCACAACCACAGUGCUCUGUUCCUUGAGAACAGCUCUUUGAACAUACCCUUCUCUCAGGAGAGUUCUGGAUCUCCAAAUACAUCUGAUCAAUCACAAGGGAAAACAAGAAAGUUGAGCUUGGCCAGCGCAAACAGUGAAAACUCAGGGUCAACAGAAAGCUUGCCAUCGGCGUGUCUCACUAACAUUACUGCAAAGUGGUGGGGAACAAAACGAAUAGAUUAUGCCUUGUAUUGUCCAGAUGUGCUGACAGCCUUUCCAACGGUGGCCCUUCCGCAUCUCUUCCAUGCCAGCUACUGGGAGUCAACAGACGUUGUGGCUUUCAUUCUAAGACAGGUGAUGAGGUACGAAAAUAUAAAUUUCAAGGAAAAUGAUAACCUGGAUCCAGAAACACUAAGUCCAUCUAAUCCACGAGAAAAAUGGCUACGCAAAAGGACACAUGUCAAAUUGAGAAAUGUGACUGCUAAUCACCGAGCUAAUGAUGUCAUUGCAGCAGAAGAUGGUCCUCAGGUACUAGUUGGGCGCUUUAUGUAUGGACCUCUGGACAUGGUGGCUUUAACAGGUGAAAAGGUGGAUAUCUUCAUAAUGACUGAGCCAUCUUCGGGUAGGUGGGUGUACUUUGACACAGAGAUAUCCAACAGCAGUGGCCGGAUAUCAUACAACAUACCCGAACAGAAGAGACUGAGAGUUGGUGUGUAUCCCAUCAAAAUGGUGGUCAGAGGGGACCAGAGCAGUGCUGCAAGCUACCUGACGGUGCUUCCCCGAGGAAUGGAAUGUGUUGUGUUCAGCAUUGAUGGUUCCUUUGCAGCAAGUGUUUCAAUUAUGGGAAGUGACCCCAAAGUCAGAGCAGGGGCUGUUGAUGUUGUCAGGCAUUGGCAGGACCUGGGAUAUCUGAUUAUCUAUAUCACUGGACGUCCAGAUAUGCAAAAACAGCGUGUGGUUUCAUGGUUGUCUCAACACAACUUCCCACAAGGGAUGAUCUUCUUCUCAGAUGGACUGGUUCAUGACCCACUGCGACAAAAGACCAUUUUUCUCCGGAAUCUUAUGCAAGAGUGCCACAUCAAAAUCUGUGCUGCAUAUGGUUCCAUGAAGGAUAUUUCUGUGUACAGUGUCUUGGCUCUGUCACCAUCCCAGAUCUACAUAGUUGGACGACCCACAAAGAAAUACCAGGCACAGUGUCAAUUCCUCAGUGAAGGUUAUGCAGCCCACUUGGCCUCGCUGGAGUUUAAUCUCCAUUCACGACCCAAAAAGAACAACUCUCGGAUGAUCUUGAGAAAAGGUAGCUUUGGCCUCCACUCCCAACCCGAGUUUCUGCGCAAGAGGAACCACCUCCGCAGGACUAUGUCUGUGCAGCAACCUGACCCACCUUCCUUGAACCCCAAGCCAGAGCGUGCCCAGAGCCAGCCUGAAUCAGACAAGGAUCAUGACAGGCAUUUGCCUUCCAUUGCUUGGGUUCGAGGUGUUCACAAAUUUGAAUCUGUUCCCUAGGAAGACUGGGAAUGUAGAUCUUGGGUGCCCCCCAUUAAACUUGUAGGCAUGCCUCAAAGAUAAUAUUUAGGCUACUCCAAACUAAGAGAUGUAGAUGGGAACCUGUACCUUGGAGUCUUUCCUGUUCUGAAUCUGCCUUCUUACACCAAUUGGGGAACUUGCAGUUUUGCUCCUCUUGUCACGUUUAUUGGGAGAUUUUAAAACAACGUAAAACUAGUGCAAGUGGUUACAACAUCAAAGCAACAGGAAAUAUCUUUGAUUAUUUUUUUACAACAGAUAUAAUAUGUGCAAUAAGAGGAGAAGCUAAAGCAGGCUGAUUUUGCUCAGAAGAAGGGUUGCGGUAUGAGCUAAUUAAUUAGCUGCAUCCAAAGUAUAAAUGGUAGGUCACAUAGGUUACAGAGAAGGUUUACACUUUAAAUAGUCCUUUCUGUUGCCACUUUCCAAUAAAGUGGCACACUUACAAGGGAAACAGAGAUUGGAACUACAAUAACAGGUGGUCAGAGUUCGUAUAAAAAGAUGCUUUUUGGGCGCUUUAAGCCCAAGAUUUCCUUUCAGCUUGUGGUGUCGGUAAACAGACCCCAGUGUGGGCACUCAUGUUUGUGUGAGGUGCUGGACAAAUAAAUGAGAACUUCACCUAUGAACCAAAUUAUAAAAACUUCAUGUUAAAAAUAACUGUGUUGGCCACAGUUUGAAGCAGUUAGUGUUGCUGUAAACAAAGUAAUGUGCAACUGUAUGAAGAUCACGUUGUUUUGUGGAAUUUGGUGACUGUGCAGAAAAUGUGUGGACUACUUCGGGAAGGAGAUGGCUUUGCUCAUCUCAGUCCGAGUCAGAUCUUAAGAGGGUAAGCUAAAGGGAACCCUUUCACUAAGGGAUUUGCAAACUUCAGGGGAAUUUUUACACUGGAGGAGAAGAAAAGUAAUGAGGUAUAUCGGUAAAUUGUUUACCUUCUUAUGCUUUAUAGCAACUGCUGUGUUAAGACAAUCCGUAGCAUUCAGAAUUACAGCAUUUGAGCUUCAAAGAAUGGAUGUGCCAAAUUACAGGUGCCAAACAGACAUUUUUCUACAGAUUUAAAUUUCUCUCUGAUCUCCCAAUGGACUUACUAGAAGUAAAAUAUGUGACAUUUUCCUUAAGUAGUAUAAGUAGUAAUAUUCUAAAGUGUUGUAGUUAGUUGAACAUAGUAGCAGUUUGCAGAUUCUUCAUGCAGAUGCUUCCACUGAAAUUCAUCAAGAAAACUUUCAUGACUGAACUGAUGCAUGUUUUAAAACCUGCAAUGAAGUUACAAGUGCACAUAAAACCCUCUUUUUCUGAAAGUUAAAACCAGACUAUUGACAUUGAGAAAGCUGGAAGUCAAUAGGACAUUUCUUUUUCAAGUUUGUUUGUUAGUUUUUAAUUUCAGGGAAUUGUAGUGGAGAAGCUGUUGUGCUUCCCCACCCCCUUUUCAAGUCUUGGUAUACCAGAAGCAGUCUUAACAAGUUGGUUAAUGAUUUUUGAUAGUUGAUGGUAAAACAAGUAAGAAGUGCAAUAGAAAACUACUGAGACACUGCAGAAGUAAACCUAAGUCUAUACUCCCUGUUAACCCUAAAGUUUCAGUGUGCUUUUGGAAGGGCAUAGGAAUGCAGCUUUUGACUUAAAAGGCAGCAAAAUAUCUUAUAAAGGGAGAUCCUUGCUUUAUAUUUUCAGACCUUACUUGGCAAGAUUGUCAGUUACCUGUUUCAAAUCUCCUGAAAUAUCUCUGGCACAUCAAUAAUUUUUUUGGUGUAAUGCAUCCUUUAAGGGAACACACAAAAAAAGAUUUAGGAGAUGUAAAAAGUUAGAAAGCUCACACUUACUGGGAGCAGGUAAAUACAUUAGAAGGGGCUGGGUUUUUAAUGCUGUUACCAAGUCAGGCAGCUACAAAAGCUAAAGGAAAACAAACUACUACACUGAAAGCAGUCUUAAGUUUUACAAAUGCUUUGCCAGUAGUAUCACAGUUCCUUAGCCCAAAAAAUUGGAGAAGUUAUUCUGUUGCUCUGUCUUGGCCCAACUGUGUGUAUUAGUUCUAACCACAGAGUUCAUUUCUUCUCCUGUGCACUAAGAGGAGGUUGCAUGGGUACACCAGACUCCAUUUCCCUCCAGUGACUUCACUGUUAGCAGGCUCCUGCUUCUUAAACAGGCAGGGUAAUACAAGGCUUGUGAGUGAAGAACUCCAUAGGCAAAUUUUAAGUUUGCCAUGGGGACCUAAAAGCAACAUUGAUUGAUAACAAAGUUCUUUCUAAGCACUGAAUGUUUUGUAACAAGUCUUCUGAUAGUAAUCACUAUUCCAGCUGCAAAGUUCAAAGCUCCUGUUGCUUUAGCCAUCUACCUCUAUCAUCCAAGAGACUGUUGUAGUAGAAAGGUUGAGUUCUUUUCAAAAGAGAGAUCUGGGUAAUCUGGUAAAAAAAAGAGUAAUUCUGUGACUCUACUGAAGGAAAAAGUGUCUGAGCACAAGGUUAGAGAAAUCUCCUAGGUUUCUCUAGGAAAGGCUGUCUUUUACUCUUGGAGACAUAAUGUCAUUUUGCAGAGUACCAUGUCAUGUAAAUGCUGAUUUUGUGUAUUUUCAUUAAUGACUGGGUCACUUUGUAGACGUCAGUGUCCUGGCUUCCUUUAAGAAUAUUACGAGUGCAUAGCAGUAAAACAAAAAUAGGUGUGUGUGUGAUUUAGAAUUGUUAUGAUUUCAAAGUGGUAUUGAAAUCAAGCUGAAAAUAUUUCCCCUAACUUUGUUUCCAUACAAUAUAUGAGAACUUCAGUGGUAUUUGCAUAAUUCCAGCACUGCUUAUUGCUCAUUGAUAGAGUGGUUUAUCUCCUGAUCACGUGCUCCAGCUGAGCACUUUGGCAAAACAGUGAUAUGUACAGGCAUUAGCUUGGAGGUUAAGGCUUCCUGUUAAUUAGGAACUGAACUUCUGAAACAUCGAGUGCCAGGUGCAUUGGUUUUGAAAGCACCAGCCAGUUGUCACUAAAAUGGUAAAACAACUUCUGUUGGAGCUGAGAGCAUGAACAAGAUGAAUGUGAUUUUAGGCAUGCAGUUCAUAGGCUGGCAGUUCAACAGAUACUCUGUGGCAAUAGCCAGAAACCUCAUGUAUGUUGAACAACUAGUUUUUUCAUGGGAUUUUUUGGGGUUUUUUCCCCCAGCUAUACUUGGGGUAGUCCUUUGGAUUUGCAUAAUGAAUCUCCAGUUUUAUAGUGUAAUUAUUCUGUUUUCUCUUAGAACAUUCCUUUGUGGUCAGAAUUUUUGGUUACACACUUUGUUCACAUUAAACAGCAUGCAGUGGUUUAUGGGCAUUCAGCUUGCAAUUGGAUUUCAGUUUUACCUGUGUUUUCAUGGAAGAUUGGUCCUCCUAAGCAGGCUAUUUGCUGAGGGUAAGUUUGAGCCUACAGCCAUCCUAUUCUCUGAUUGCAGCUCCUCACUGCUGCAGUCUCUGUGCAGUCAGCACUUAAACUGUGUAGGCUAUGAAAGUGUUAAAGCACACACAGGAGGGAAAUGGACAGAAGCUAAGGUGGGUGCCCAGGGAACAUACAAGACUCAUCAGUUGUUUCAGCACCUUUAGUGCCUCCAGUCUGUAACAGAAAAGCACAUUCUUUUAACCUGCUGAAUGGAGGAAGCAUAAAUGAAAUUGUACAACACAAAACUGUUAGUCCAGUGGGUGCUAAGGCUGCAGUACAAGUCAGUGCAAAGUAAGCCACCAUUGGGAGCAUUUACUUUGUUGUCUUGUUGAUAUGGAUCAAUUUUAAAUUACUGUAAAAAAUGGCUGUGAUUAAUAGCAGUGGUAGAGUUAGCUGAGAUAUUGUAAAAACACACCUUCACAACUGUGGUGUUUUGGUUUUGUCCAUGUGUAUGUGUGUAGCUACUGAAAGACACUAAAGUUUUGGUUCUGCUUUCACAGGAAAUUUGUAACCAAUAUACCAAAAAAAACAAAACAAAAAAACAAACAAACAAAAAAAAAACACACACAAAAAAAAAAAAAAAAGAAGACAAAAAAAACACCCACCAAAAAAACCCCACACCAACAAUAGCUGUUUAUUCAAUUUUGUUGUCUAGUUAGGUAAGUUUGGAAAAAGAUAUCAUUGUAUAGAAUGCAGACUAUUCCACAGACCCGAAUAGUGGUGUUGGUCCAAAUCUGCUUAUUUUGAAUAACUUGUUUGUUUGGAUACACUAGUGCUCUUGGAAUAGAUUCUUGCUUCAUCAGAGUACUCCUGUUUAGUUUUGUGACAUGGUUUAUAUCUAUUCAGCAUAAAAUUCUGUUAGCUGUAAAAAUGACACAGUAUUGAUAACUCUUGUUCACUGGGGUUCAUGGGAGCUGUCAUUUUGAUUUGUUUACAUGAAACUAGUCUUAAUUUUUACAGAUUACUUCACCUGUUCCUCUAAUACCUAGGAAAGUCACUUCUAAACAGCUAAAACUUUCACUGGCUACAUAGAAGUGGAACUAUCAGUAAACUAGAGAAAAAGGAUUACACACCUUAGUCUACACAGGACAAUGACACUUUAUCCAGAAGACCCACCAUUCUGCAAAAUUGCCUUUGUUUGCCAUUAUUAGUGAACAAGUUGUUCUGUUUAUACAUUGCAGUCUUUCUUUAUCCAGGACACUUCUAAUGUAUGUAUUUAAGCAAGUCCCCAAUAUUUAGCUCCGUAGUAUCAUCACGUACUUCAUGGAAUAAAUUUGGAAAGGUAAAAAAGA